GAUUCUCUAUCCGCCAUGGGCGCGACUAGUGAGUGGCACGCGAACCCACCCUCCGAGCAGGGCAGGGCGGGCCGCCGUGCGGUGGUAACCCUGCUCUGCCCCGCACGGUCGCCGUCUGAUGUGAUGCUCCCCGCGGCUCGCAGUGAGCGGGCGCAGCGUGAGGAGGGUGGGUGCAGGGCUCGGCGCACGGUAGAGGACGGGGGCGGCGGCCGCGGUGGCAGUCAGCAAUCUGUUAUCGGUGAAGAUGUUGCAGGCAUGCAUAGUAUGGCCAGUCCGAUCAGUGUACGCACCAGUCCGAGACAUCCUCUGUCCGUCCCUCAGUCAUCUUUAGUUCGAGCCGCACAUGCUUCACAUUUAGCGAUAAGAGUUGCAGAUCCAUUAUUCCCUUGCGCUAAACUCUCGAAAGCACGUGCUGUAGUGGCAGCAGCAUUGGAGGUAUCCAAGGCCCCUUCUUCUUCUGGUUUGGCAAACCGCCAGCCAUCGAAGGAGGUUCUUGAGACAUGGCGCAAUGCCAAUGCGGUGUGCUUCGAUGUGGAUAGCACUGUAUGCUUGGAUGAGGGUAUUGACGAGCUUGCUGAUUUCUGUGGGGCUGGGCAGGCAGUUGCUGAGUGGACGACAAAGGCGAUGACAGGGACCGUUCCAUUUGAAGAGGCUCUUGUGGCCUGGAUCUCUUUAAUCAAGCCAUCUCUAUCCCAAGUUGAGGACUGUUUGGAGAAGAGGCCACCCAGGAUUUCUCCUGGAAUCGCUGAUUUGAUUAAGACAUUAAAAGCUAAUAAUACUGAAGUAUUCCUUGUGUCAGGAGGUUUCCGGCAAAUGAUCAAGCCUGUGGCAUUUGAUCUUGGCAUUCCUACUGAAAACAUCAUAGCAAACCAACUGCUAUUUGGAUCAUCUGGAGAGUAUGCUGGAUUUGAUCCCACAGAGCCCACUUCCCGAAGUGGGGGUAAAGCAGUAGCAGUGCAACAAAUAAGACAGGAUCAUGGUUACAAUACACUGGUUAUGAUUGGAGAUGGUGCCACUGAUCUUGAGGCUCGUCAACCUGGUGGAGCAGACUUGUUCAUCUGUUACGCCGGCGUCCAGAUGAGAGAAGCAGUUGCAGCCAAAGCUGACUGGACCGUCUUUGAAUUUCAAGAGCUAAUUUCUGAAUUGUCAUAAUUCUGAUACCUCACUGUGAUUCUGAAUCUUUCGCUGUUCACACUAUGACAGAUGAUUGUAUGUGUUCAUGCUUGUGCUUAGCUGCAUACUCCCUCCGUCCGGAAAUACUUGUCCUCGAAAUGGAUAAAAUGGAUGUAUCUAUAACUAAAAUAAGUCUAGAUACAACCAUUUUGAGGACAAGUAUUUCCGGACGGAGGGAGUACUUAAUUGUAGGUAUUUCAUAUUUCAAUCAUUCCUUUCGUGAGGUGGUGCUGGAGCUGAAGCUCAAAUUUAUUGGUUGUGUUUCUGAAACCUGGUGGUUAUGUUUUCUGUUUUCAUCAUGGGUUGGUGGUUAUGUAUCUGAUAUGGAAACCUGAUAGUUAUGUAUUAAUAUUGAAAUUUAUGGUUA